CAACUGUGUGGGCAAUCAAGCCUGCAAGGAUUGCAGGCGAGACCACGAACCGGAGGAGGGAUGGAAAUGCGUGGUACACACAUCCUGCAGGCGUGCUUCGGGAUGUUAGAAAACGACUUCUACGAGUUUAGGAGCUCCUCCGACUACUUGAUCUGCGAUGGAGAAGGAACUUGCAAGGGUGAUUGGAACGUGAACAACGUUGGGUCCGUUUGCUGCACCGCCGCCGUCGAUGACACGCAAGCCUGCAACAACGCCGCCAAACUGAACUUGACCACCGAUCCAGACAGCGGAUGUACGCAGGAUGUGUGCUGCGACUGUGACCAGGCAUGCUGCUAUGAGUCCUUCUUCACAGGGGUCAACAGCUUGUCUUGUCUUGGGGGGACAAGCUGUACGCAAUCGAGGUUUGAGAUUCAACGAAACCUCUUUUGCAGCUCCACGUCCACGCGCACUGGAAACACGCUUCAAGCCGCUUGCAACAGUGGAACCGACGAUUACCCGCUGGGCUAUGGCUUCCUCUUUACCGACUCCGGAGAUCAUUGUGUCACGUGCGAGGGUGAAGACACAUGCCAGGGGGCGAACUUCUGGUUCGAGAAGUCCAAUUCAAAGAUCUCCAUGACAUGCGAUGGUAAAGGUUUCGCCACCGCGUGUGAGAGCUCAAGCACCGUGAUUGGGCUCUUUGGCAACAGCUGCCUCCACCUCACAUGUGUGGAAACUGGCGAUUGCGAUUCACUCGAGAUUCGUGAAAUGGCCGGAUCAGGCAAUACUUGCUUUUGCUCCGGAGCCCAAGCUGACUCAGAUGGGAACUGCGAUUUCUUGGGCGGCGACAUCGAUUGCGAUCCCGAACCUGUGGGCAGCAACCCAUGCACAAUAAGCAGCGAUCCUUGCGGCACAGCGGCUUGUUGUGAAGCAACCGCCAGCGGUCAAGCCCCAGAUUGUGGAGGUUGCUGUGCACCUGUAUCUACCUCAUCGCCCACGACCUCGCCUACCACAUCGCCCACCACCUCGCCUACCACAUCGCCCACGACCUCGCCUACCACAUCGCCCACGACCUCGCCUACCACAUCAACAGCUCCGGACAUCACGACAACAACGGCUCCAGACACAACUACAAAGACGAAGAAGCCGUACAACUACAGGUACAACCGUCGCAACAGCCGUCAACAUCGCCGCACUGAGCGUCGACAUCGACGGCAGUACAAUCGGCAGUACAAGUACUACUCGCAUUAGAGUCGGUGGUCCAAGCACUUCAAGGAUUGUCAGGCGCUCAUUCAUGUGUUCCUUCA